CUCAGAAAAAUAAAAAAGAAAAAGUCAUAGUGACGUUUGUACUAAACGAUUUCUCUGCCAAUUUGGAGCCCUAGUUUUCUGUUCUGAACUCUGAACUCCAUCAAUAACGCAGGGGAUAGAACAAGGCGAAGCAAAGUACAAUUCAGUAGAAGAGAUCAGAGAAAGUUAUCUUCACUGAGAAUUACAUACAGCUACAGAAGCCUAGCUAUGCCGGACUAUGAAGCCAAUGGAGAAGACAUAGACAAUUACGGCUUUUCUCCCCUUCCCAAAUCCAGAAGCAGCCAUGGCGGCUCUAAUCCUGAUGAUUACACCGACUCCAAGCCUCAGCAUAGUUCUCGUGAGUACGAAAAAGAUAGGAGCUCAUCAAGAAGCAGGGAAAAGGAUAGGGAGAAAGGGCGUGAUAGGGACCGGGGUAGGGCAAGAGACAAAGACAGGGACAGAGAGAGGGAGAAGGACCGUGAUCGUCAUAGAGAUCGUAGUGAUAGAAGGGAAAGGGAGAGGACCAGAGAUAGAGAUGAUGAUGAACGUCAUCGAACUCGAGAUUAUGACAAGCAAAGAGAUCAUGACAAAAAUAGAGAGAGUCGGCCUAGACACAGGUCUCGCUCAAGGGGUAGAUCUGAGCGUAAAUCAAGGUCUCGAUCUCGUUCUCGAUCCAAGAGCAAAAGGAUCAGUGGUUUUGAUAUGGCACCUCCUACCACUGCAAUGUUACCUGGUGCUACAGCUGCUGCAGGUCAAGUACCUGGGACCAACCCAGCAAUUCCAGGAAUGUUGCCUAACAUGUUUCCUUUAACAUCGGGCCCGUUUGGAGCUCUUCCUGUUAUGCCGAUCCAGGCAAUGACACAGCAGGCUACUAGGCAUGCUCGACGAGUUUAUGUCGGUGGACUUCCUGCUACUUCAAAUGAACAGUCUGUUGCGACCUUCUUUAGUCAUGUUAUGUCUGCAAUUGGAGGAAAUACUGCUGGUCCAGGUGAUGCUGUUGUUAAUGUCUAUAUAAACUAUGAGAAGAAGUUUGCUUUUGUUGAAAUGAGAUCUGUAGAGGAAGCUAGUAAUGCUAUGGCAUUGGAUGGCAUCAUAUUUGAGGGUGCACCUUGUAAGGUCAGAAGACCCAGUGAUUACAACCCUUCUCUGGCUGCUACUCUUGGUCCUAGCCAACCAAACCCUAACCUCAACCUGGCAGCUGUUGGAUUGUCCCCAGGUUCUGCAGGAGGGCUUGAAGGCCCUGAUCGUAUUUUUGUUGGUGGUUUGCCCUACUAUUUCACAGAAGCACAGAUUAGAGAGCUGUUAGAGUCUUUUGGUGCACUUAGAGGAUUUGAUUUGGUCAAAGAUAGAGAAACUGGGAACUCAAAAGGCUAUGCCUUUUGUGUCUAUCAGGAUGUUUCCGUUACUGAUAUUGCUUGUGCAGCUCUCAAUGGGAUUAAGAUGGGUGAUAAAACCCUUACUGUUAGGCGUGCUAACCAGGGUACAACACAACCUAAACCUGAGCAAGAGAGUGUAUUGUUGCAUGCGCAACAGCAGAUAGCUUUGCAGAGACUUAUGUUACAACCUGGUGCAUUAGCCACAAAGGUCUUGUGCUUAACACAAGUUGUUGAGGUAGAUGAGCUCAGUAACGAUGAGGACUAUCAAGAUAUAUUAGAAGACAUGAGAACUGAAUGUGGAAAAUUUGGUUCACUGCUGAAUGUUGUUAUUCCACGUCCAAGUCCUAAUGGUGAGCAUGCACCAGGGGUUGGAAAGGUAUUUUUGGAGUAUGGAGAUGUCGAGAGUGCCAGCAAAGCUCGGCAAAGCUUGAAUGGAAGAAAAUUUGGUGGCAACCAAGUUGUAGCUGUCUUCUAUCCAGAAAACAAGUUCUACGAGGGGGACUAUGAUGGUUAGUAGUAUCCUCUUAAGUUGUCAGAAGUGCUCAGCAAGUCUUAUGACAUGGGGAUUCUUGGAAGGCUUAUAGAAUUAGCGUCUUGGACUAGUGCUAGAAGUAUAGCUCGUUUCUGUUUUCCUUUUAUCUUUUUCUUUUCGGAGCAUUGUUGGUUUUACUCUGAAUUAUAUCAUCCAUUUAGGUUGGAUUUAUGUGUUGCUGGUGGUAGAUAGGUUUGAUAGUCUUAAACAUGAAGACUUUGGUGCUUGUCCAAACAGUAUGACAAUUGAUGCAAGUAUACACUCUGGUCUUCAUACUAUUUUAUUUUCCGCCAGUGAAAAUCCUGAA